AUGCGUGCUGGCAUUGUUACUACCGCGCUAACCCUCAUUGCCGCAGUGGCAUCCAGUCCAACAGGCAACAGCCUUUCGAAGGCUGCUGACGGAAAGCGGCACUGGCAACUCCGCGUCAGAGACGACGCACCAGCCUACAAUCUCAAUGACGACGGUCCUGCCUAUAACCCCAGCGACGACGGACCAGCCAACAACCCCAAAGACGAUGGCCCUACUCACAACCCCAAAGACGACGGUCCUGCGAACAAUCCUAUAGACGAUGGUCCUGCCAACAACCCCCAAGAUGACGGCCCUGCCUACGACCUCAAGGAUGACGGUCCCGUCGGCAACCCCAAGGACGACGGCUCAGGUAACAAACCUGCCGAGGCUCCUCUAGCCAAGCCCAAAGGAGAAUCAACAAGCAGCAUACCUGCGCCCACGUCCUCCCCUGUCGCCGUUGCCGGCGACUUCAUCGUGACCAUCUUGGCGGAUAGCAACCGUGAUGGCAAGGUGGACAUGGCCGGCGAAACUGAUCGAGUGUCCAAAGACACGUGGACAGAAGCGUCGGGCGCCGUCUUCUUAGCCAACAUUGCUGACACUGACGGUCGCUGUUCUAAUGGAAUGUCUGGUGAAUGCGCGUCCACCUUGGGAGAUGUUUUUCGCAAGAACCUACCCGAGGAACCAAAGUUUCUCAACAAGUCUUUCAGUCAAAUUACGGACGAGCACGACAAGUUAAAGACAGAAGCAGUAAACAUUGGCACGGACGAGGCAUGGAACAGCUACCUGUCGGUUUUGAAUGCGCCAGAUUUUGCUGCUUUCACUGCUGAGCAUGAUAAAUGGAAAGACGACACUAGCUACGACAAGCUCCUUGCAGCCUGCCACGACGCAUCAGAUGAUGUUUUGCGCAACCCAGAAUACCUCGCACCUCUUCGAACGACACCAAGCCCGCAACUCAGCAACUCAGCUGCAGGCUCCGUCAGUGUUGUUGAAGCAACUGCGGCCAGCAAAGUUCGCAUUUUCCAUAAUGUGGGUGAUGCAUGGAAGUUUGUCUCGUCAAACUACACCUUCAAGGCUGAAGAUCUCAAAGCUGGUCUCGAGCUCGGCAUCGACGCCCGUGAUGUCCGUCGUCCCGGUGGAUGGGAUGGCAGAGCAACAGUGCAGUUCAGAGUAAAGGAUGGGGAGAAGGAAGCCAAAGACUCGGUCAUGCUUCGCGUUGCGCCGGUCUUGACUCAGCACCACGGACAGCUUGCGAUGCAACUACUGACAGCAUCCGGACCAAAAGACGCUGGGAGUCAAGCACAGUUUGUCAAAGAUGUCCAGGAAGCAUCUAGCGUGGCCGGGCUAGCGAAACCUCUUCAUGUUAUUCAGACCUCCGAAUGCGACAGGGAUGAAAUCUGGGCGCAGGACUUUUUCGAGCCUGGCUAUACAAGCAUGCCCGGGCCGGACGGCCCCAUUGGGCUACACAUCAUGAUAGGGUCUGCGCAGUCAACAUACCGGAGAGCUGGUCGCAAAGUCUUUCAAGAGCUGAGAUCGAAUACGGCAGGCGCUGUGCAGCAUCCAGGGAGUGGUGGGACUACCGACUCGACAGGAAAUCUGGAGACUGUGCCGCCGCACAGUCAUAACGGCAAGUCUUAUCCCGCGGGACGAGCCAUCAUGGGCUCCGCAGACGGGGAGAAGCCGCAGAUGAUGGCGUUCUUGGAAGCUCAGGAAACACAGGACCCUAUUGAGAUUGACACUUCUUGGCUGGCUGUCAAACACACCGACGAGUUUAUGCAGUUCCUUCCCAUCGCGAGCAGCGAACGAGGCUGGGUUAUGAUGGUAGAUGAUCCUCGUGCCGGCCUAGAGAUCCUUCAAAAGGCUGAGCAAGCUGGUCAUGGCAACACGACGGCAGUCUCACGUCCCAAGAUGCCUGCUGAUCCGCAGGAAUGGCGUGUUACAAACACCAUUGCCGAUGUGCUCAAAGUCGCGGAUUUUGCUGCUCUACAAAAUGCCUGCGCCACUAGCAUCGAGAAGAACAUUGACAUUAUGAAGCGGGAGACUGGUAUCACCGACGCUGAGAUUAUUCGCAUUCCAUCUCUUUACCAGCUUUACCAAAAUGGCGUUUGGAAGUAUUCGUCGGAAGCAGGAGGCGAUGGUCUAGACGCCCUGUUUGGCGAUGUUUUUGGCCCUCUCGAAGGCAGGGAGUCUACAGCUGAGCCUGAGGAGCAGCAGCCGCCCAAUUCUUCCCCGGGCACUGCCGAGAAAAUAAUCCUCGACGUCCUGCAAGCUGGCACGCCGCCCAAGAUGCGUGAACAACAACCAGGGGCAAACACGACAGCAGCCGCCACUUUGGGGCGUCGCCAGGAUAGGACGUUUGGGUCAGUCGUCUCUCUCUACCCUGCGACCAUCAACAGCGUCGUUCUGGGCAAUAACCAGAUUCUCGCGGCCAACCCGUGGGGGCCUGUCAUCGACGGACAAGACAUCCUUGCCGCUGCUGUGAAUGCGUCGUAUGCCAAGGCGAAUUAUACGGUCCGCUACAUGGAUGACUGGUUCAACCACCACGAAAAGGUCGGCGACGUCCAUUGCGGGACAAAUGUGAUUCGUGAUAUUAAAGGUGCCAAGUGGUGGUAG